AUGAACUAUUUAACCCCAAUAUUGAUCACUCGAGUUUCUGAUACAGAUGGAAACAGAAAAGUACAAAAGUUUAUUAAAGAACAUUUUAAUAAACUUCAUUGGAACAUAGAAGAAGAUACAUUUGUUGAUGAAACACCUUUUGGAAAAAAAAAUUUUAAUAAUAUAAUUGUCACCAAGAAUAUAAAAGCCAAUAAACGAUUAGUUAUGGCAGCCCAUUUUGAUAGUAAAUAUUUUAAUCCACCAAAUAGAUUUGUUGGUGCAACUGAUUCAGCUGUCCCUUGUGCAAUGUUAAUGGACUUGGCUUCCAGAUUGGAUUCAUAUCUUAAAGAUAAGGACGAAGUGACAUUACAAAUAAUUUUCUUUGAUGGAGAAGAAGCUUUCAGAUCAUGGACUUCAAAUGAUUCACUUUAUGGAUCUCGACAUUUAGCAUCAAAAUGGGAGAAGACAUAUUUAGAUAUUCCAGAAGUUAAGACAAAAAAUGUUCUUAGUAGUAUAGAAGUACUGGUAUUACUUGAUUUAUUAGGAGCAAAAAAACCAUCAUUUCGAAGUUAUUUUCGGACAACUUCUUGGUUAUUCGCUGAACUUGCCAAUAUAGAAAAUCGUUUAUAUACCGAAGAAAUUUUCACGAUACCUGAAGAUAUGGAUAAUUUAAAUGAUGUUUCAUAUUUUGAUACUUCCACCUUACAUAAUUAUCAAUCUCACAUUGAAGAUGAUCAUGUGCCAUUUUUACGAAGAGGCGUAUCGAUUUUACAUAUUAUUUCAUAUCCAUUUCCAGAAGUAUGGCAUACGAUUAAAGAUAAUUUAGAUGCCAUUGACGAGAAUACCGUUUUCAAUUUGAAUACGAUAUUUAGAAUAUUUGCUGCAGAAUUUUUAAACAUUGAUCCCGAGAGAGAACGAACAAAGAAUAAAAGAGCCAAAUUAGCGAAGUCAACCUCUGCCAAAAAUGUAAUUGAUAUGUUAAGUCAAUCAAAAUUCCAAAUGUAUAAAUAUUUACAUCAUUAUAUUUUUAAAUCAUUUGGUCUUAAAGGUCUUAAAGUUUUUCGAGAUAAUAAUAAUUAUUUAUUAAAAGUUCAUCAAAAAAAUCAAAAUUUAUUUAUGGCCAACUUUCAUCAAUCCUCAUUCAAUAUUGGUGAAGAGGUUAUUCCGAUAACUACCAAAUUGGACAUUAACGUCGCGUCAGUUCUUGAAUUUCAACCAUUCAAAGAAUGGACUUUAGCCUUGUCAAAAGAAAUGUUAAAAGUUGAUAAGAAAGAACUUAAAAUUAAAAAAGUUGAAAUUCAGAAUGUUGAUUAUUUUGGUUUUAAGAUAGGGUUCGUCAAAUUUAAAGUGGACGCCAUAUUCACUGAAACUGGGAAGAAACGAGAUAAUAAAAUUAUAAAAGAACAUGUGGUGUUAACAUAUCAACCACGUUUACCUGUACCUUCGCUCUCUUUUCCAGAGAUACCCGCAGGUAUGCUCGAUGGUUCAGGAAAUUUCGUUGGAAAAGCAAGUGAAGAGAUUAAAGAAGAAACUGGAAUUGAAAUUAAUGAUCAAAAUAUAAUAGACAUGACCGCAUUAGCAUAUGAUAGUGAAAAUAAUGAACUUAAAGGAAAGGAAUAUCGAGGUGUUUACCCUUCACCGGGAGGGAGUGAUGAAUUUUUAAGAUUAUGUAUAUGUAUUAAAGAAAUGAAUCGUGAAGAUAUUGAGAAAUUAGAAGGAAAACUUUGUGGAUUAAGAGAUCAUGGUGAAAGCAUCACAGUUAGAUUAAUAGAAUUAAAAAAUUUAUGGAAAAUUCCUGAUAUGAAAGCAUUAUCAGCUUUAACAUUAUAUGAUGCUUUAAAAAGGAAUGGGAAAAUUUCUGUUUAA